GAGGGCUCCUGCGGUAUCUCUCCACCUUUCGCUGUGUAUGUCUUCAAGCCACCAUCUCACUAACUCGAUUCUCUGCUUCUUUUCCCUGUUGGAGUUCUUCUUAAUGGCUAACUUGCUGAAGGAAAUGUUUAUAUUAUGCAAAAGACAAUUCAUCUUUUCUACCUAUUGGUAGCUCUAGUUUGGUUUAUACCAUAAGUCAUAUUUAAAUGAUAGAAUUUACUGUAUAAGUGCUAGAUUCUGUUUAGUUUCUAAAGCUGCUGAGGCAGGUAAUUAUCAACAUUUAUAGAUUCUAAUGUAAAGUACGUUGUAGCUUUAUUUAAAAUCAACAGGGCUCAUAGCUAGUGUACAUAAUGCCCCAUUGUAGGUAGCUUAUAAUCAUUAUCCAGGAAACACAGGUAACCUUUGGUCAUGUAUUGUUCACCUUACACACAAGAUUUAAAUACAACUUGCAUCAAUGUUUCAAAAUACUCUAUGGGGUGGGGGAAAAUUAUUCUGCAAUCUCUGAAUGGAAGGGUUCCUAGAUUCUCUGAGGCUACCAACUGCCAUUACAACUCUUAAAGCUAUUUUUUUUCAGUUUUGUCAUAAGUACAAUAAGUACAUUACCAUUUUUUUAUAUUAGUGUAAACAUUUUUUUAGAAUUAAUGAUAUAGUAUAUGCUCACAAUGUUGGCAUGAUAUGAAGUUUGUAAUAAGCAGUCAUUAGAGCUGACAUGCAAGCACAGCCAGUGGCAAGUCAGGCAAAACAAGCACAGCCAAUGGCAAGUCAGGCAGAACAAGUGCAGCCAGUGGCAAGUCAGGCAGAACAAGUGCAGCCAGUGGCAAGUCAGGCAGAACAAGUGCAGCCAGUGGCAAGUCAGGCAGAACAAGUGCAGCCAGUGGCAAGUCAGGCAGAACAAGUGCAGCCAGUGGCAAGUCAGGCAGAACAAGUGCAGCCAGUGGCAAGUCAGGCAGAACAAGUGCAGCCAGUGGCAAGUCAGGCAGAACAAGUGCAGCCAGUGGCAAGUCAGGCAGAACAAGUGCAGCCAGUGGCAAGUCAGGCAGAACAAGUGCAGCCAGUGGCAAGUCAGGCAGAACAAGUGCAGCCAGUGGCAAGUCAGACAGAACAAGCACAGCCAGUGGCAAGUCAGGCAGAACCAGAACAAGCACAGCCAGUGGCAAGUCAGGCAGAACAAGUGCAGCCAGUGGCAAGUCAGACAGAACAAGUGCAGCCAGUGGCAAGUCAGGCAGAACAAGCACAGCCAGUGGCAAGUCAGACAGAACAAGCACAGCCAGUGGCAAGUCAGGCAGAACAAGCACAGCCAGUGGCAAGUCAGGCAGAACAAGUGCAGCCAGUGGCAAGUCAGGCAGAACAAGCACAGCCAGUGGCAAGUCAGGCAGAACAAGCACAGCCAGUGGCAAGUCAGGCAGAACAAGCACAGCCAGUGGCAAGUCAGGCAGAACAAGCACAGCCAGUGGCAAGUCACAUAGAACAAGCACAGCCAGUGGCAAGUCAGGCAGAACAAGCACAGCCAGUGGCAAGUCAGGCAGAACAAGCACAGCCAGUGGCAAGUCAGGCAGAACAAGCACAGCCAGUGAUAAACGGAGAAACACAGAAGAGAUGUGUACAGAGCUUCAUGCACCAUACAAAUAUUAAGCAGCACAUAGUAAGCCUGUGGAAAUUUUUGAAAAAUCAAAAUGCAUUUUUAAGUGUUUGAAGACUGUACAGAGUAACUGUCAUUGACAUAGCAGCUAAUAACAAAUAUGUCUUCAGUGUGUCUUUGGGUUAUGAAUACACUGAUUAUUAUUAUUUUUUUUUUUUUUGAAUAGUAAGGUGUUGUUAGCCACGUUUAUUGAAGUAGGAGAUCAGUGUGCAUGUUGCACGUGUUUUACCUGUUAUUCUGCAGUCUUGUCAAGCAACAUUAGCAGUUAUGUAGAGAUUGAAAGUUUUCAUGUUAGUCUCGGCUCAAAAGCCAAGAAUUAUUUAUCUUAUCAUAUUUGUUUGCAUUAUGAAAAGUAAUGAUAAUAUACUUGACACUGUCUGCCUUACGUUCAACUUUGGAUUAUGGGAGAAAUUUUUUAAGCUGUGAUGUAGUCAGUGGCUAGUUAAAAAUGCUGCUUUAAGGUCAUUUCUGAAUUACAUUAUUCUUUGAAUAUAUUUUACAAAUUUAGUAUAUAAAAGUUACAAAUUUAGUCAUUGUCACUGACAAUCCUUAACUUUUUAAUGGAGCACGGAAAUUUUAUGUGAGAACUGGAUUAUACAGUUAUAUGUUUAAAAUUGCUUACUUGCAAUGUCCAAGCUGAUGGUUUGUCAUUAACAUAUUUAACUAAAUGAACAAGUGAUUGAAUAAGAGCCGAGAUACUGCUCUCAACCUACACAACCAGGGGUGCCGGAUUUGAGUUGCCAAAAGUCGCGAGCUGAAGAACUAAAUGUCACAAACUUUACAAUAAAAGUAGCCAAAUAUUUUUUUCCCGGUUGAUUCGCUUUUCAGAAUAAACGACCCAGCUUAUUUUAACUGUCGUUGAAAAAGUAGUAAGUAGCGACAUACAUAGCUGGCUUUUUAAUUGAAUGCAAUUAUCCUAAUUGGCAAGCCAAUUGCCCAAUCUAGUAGCCCAAUCUGGCAUCCCUGUACACUACCGUGUUCUGUAAGCUAAAACCAGUUGGUGUAUGCUGAACAGAGCAUGCCCAUUGUCACGUAGUCAACCGUCAUCGAGUCGCCAAUAGUUGUUGAUGUAUCAUUAUUAUUUCUUUAUGAUGGUCCUGCACUUGUUAAUAUGUAUACCUUUGUUAAUAUUUAUAACAUGCUUUGUGAUGAAGCUAUAGUUAUCUUGUAUAUUUUGCCUGCUUCCUUAGUAGUACAUUUUGUAGUUUCACUUCCUUGUCGUGGUCACUCUACGCUUGCGGCAUGGGCUAAAGUCGGUGCCUCGUGUCAUAGUACUGUAAUUGUUUUAAUAAUGACCUUCAGAUGUCAUCAAAACUAAUGAGGAGGAGGACAAUGCAGUGGAGUUAGAUGGCAAGUAUUUAAGGAAAGAUUAUGGGUUUCUGCAGCAGGAAUUAUAUAAGUUAGGGGGGGGGAUCAGCUAGACUCUAGGCACUAUAAAGAGAGAGUGAGCGAGCGUGAGGGACAGGAGACAGAGGAUAGGGAGGGGCAGAAUUGGUCUUCCAAGCAUUUUAACGUUUAUUUCAUACCUCCCAUAUCCCAGUACUUCUUAAACAGAACGGUGAAAAUGAAAUGGUAUCAACUGGAUUGGGAAUUGUAAUAUUUAAUAUCAUUUGUUAAAUAUAUUUGUUUUAUUGAAAGUUUAAAAUAUUUUAUUAAUGCAUAUUCUAACACAGGUAUUAUGUGCAUCACCCAGGUCUUCAUGGUAUGAAGACUUGUAUGAAUGUACUACCUCGCUUGUUUAGCUGUUGCCUUCUGGAGCCAGAAUGGUAUCAGUCUAAAACACAGUGUGAGUCGAGUUAUCACAGCAUAUUAAGCAUCUCGGUCUUUCUCAUUUUUUUACCCAGUAUAUGGGAGCUAAUCACACACUUUAUUUGUGCAAGCUCAGUAGAGACAAUAAUGUGAGUUGCCAAUUUCUCAAUGUUUUAUUCUGAACUACAGUAUAGAGAAAAAUUAUUUUAUGGUGUUCAUUGAUAAGCUAUUUUGCUUUCAAAUUUCAAGAGUUGUUACACUGAUGGAACUUAGAAACUUUCAAAAUGGUUAAGAAUACAGGUAAUAGAUACUUACUGUUAAAUUUUUAUGUAUUUAAUUUGAUAUAAUUUACUAGUGUUCCAAGAAUGUAGAUCGGCUCACUCUAACAGAUCAAAAAGUUUUGUUUUCUUGUAAUUUUGCUUAUCUGUUUUGUGAUGUUCAUUUUAGUCUGUAUAAAGCUUGUGCCCUAAUCCUGUCCUGUUUAGGCAUGUGCAUGGAGCAUGUGUGAGCCAGCUGCUUUUGCUUUCUGAAGCACUGCUGCACUUUUAUUGAAGGAGUGCUAUUUUAACCAUGGUAAUAUAUCUCUAGAUGUUGUCAUUAAAUAUUUAUGGUUUCUAUUACUUUUUUCUUUAUUAAGUUUGCUUCUCUCCUUGAAUGUUGUGGCAGUGCUUCUAUGCUUUCCUUCAUUUCAUAUUGCAAAAUUUAUGCAGUGUCUUUGUGUAUAUGAUAACUGAACAAAUGUGCAGGAUGCUUUAACAGUAGCAAACAUUUUCUCUUGUUUUCUUCUUAAGAAAAAUGUAAGUGAAGGAAAUUGAGUGGUGUGUGCACUGCAUAAUAUCUGAUGCACAUAAUUUCUGCAGUUGACUACAGAAAUCUUACCCAAGUAUCUUGGUCACUUUAACAAAUAUAAUGGCAAAAUAAACUGAUUGUAUACGUAUGCAGUACUGUUUCAGUAGAAAGUAAGUCUCUCUAAAAAAACAGUGUCUAAUUUGUCUCAAAUGGCAAAUUAAAUGUUUUCCGCUUAGAGAAUAUAUAGUAUGAGUAGCUAAACAAGAAAUGUAAUAAAUUGGGAAAAUAAGAAUGUAUGAUAUCUGCCAUUACCUUGAUGCAGUGCAUGACAUGCGCGCUUCACAUGCACACACAAUAGUGUUGCUUAACCCAUCUGGUCCCCGUGCCUGACACAGCCCUAAAUCCCAACAUUACAUAACAUCUGUGAUGAAUAAUGUAAAAUUUGUGCCCAUAAAGUUGGGCUGUUGGGCCAAGGAAAUAAUGUUUGAAGAGGGUCAGAAAUUAUAAUAUAGUCUUUACUAGCCAUUUGUGUUGGUUUCCAUGAAACUAGUUCUUUUAUAUACGUGAGCUCAUUAAAAUCAUCUUUACGUUCACACACCUAAGAAGUCAAGGCGAGAGAUUAUUGAGGAAUUUCCUGAUUUUGACUCUGUGUGUAAUUACACAUUCACACUGUCUACAUCUGGGAAUUCUUCAAUAAUCUCACCUUGACUUCUUAUAACUAAGCAGACCAGAUUCAGUGUGCUCUAAUGAAUCCUUUCACUUUCAUUAGAGGUCCUCUUAAUUUUUUUUUUUUUUUUUUUUUUUUUACAAUUUAGUUUCAUAUUAAUUUUUAUUUAGUAUAUUUUAUACAAAAAAUUAAUUUUGCACAAAAAAUUAAUUUUGCACAGAAAUGUUCACCAAGAUGUGAUACUUCCCGUGGUAUCAGAGGUCUGCAAUACAGUUUAAUGUCGUGUUAAUAUAUUUUUUGUGUAUGACAACUAUAUAAAUAAUCUUUGUGAAUAUAUAUAUAGUUAACUAUGACAUUACGAACAUUAUCACUAAAGACAGGUAGCAACAGGUGCAUUGAACUCUUGCAUCAAUUGUACAGUAAACAAAUAAUUCUGAAAAUGUUUAUCUGUGCAUUGUGUUGUCAGCUGGGCAGUCACAUAUUGACAUGAUCCACUUAAAAAGUGUUUGGGAUCUUUCUGUGAUGAAGUUAACCACAAACAUGAGGAGUGUGUCACUGAUCAUUCCUAGUACUGUACAUUAUAUUUUGUUAAUUAUUUAUAACACAAGAGAUUUCCUCAUGUUGAAAAUUUAAGAAGCACAUAAAUUGAGGAUCAAUCAAGGUUGGUAUAAGAUGUGAUUUAUCUAUGCUGUGUAGAGCAAAUUAUGCCUGGAGCAUCCUGUUGAGUAGAAGGACGUGACAGUUACUAUUUCAAAAAUUAAUGUAGUUAGGGAAUCCCUAUUCCUAUUAGGAGCCCUUCUCUCACACCAUACAUGGCUCAUAAAUCUUGACAUACACUUUUAUAAUUAUUGCCAUGAAUGCAUUCUCAUACCGUAGACAUACAGCAAAUGCAUUUAUGAGGCUGUUUCACAUGUCAACUCCUUACACUUUAAUUAGACAGAACUUCAGUUGUCUUAAGAAGUAAAUUUGCUUCAUGGGAUUGAUAAGUAAUAUUUAGCAAGUUUGUUUAUUUGAUAGACAAAAGGCUUAAUGAUAUUAGCAGGUACUUCAAUGAUUUAUGAUUACAAUACUACUGAAGAAUGUAUUGUCUAAUUUCAUAAAAGUUAAAUGUCUCCUUGCACAGUAUAUUCUGUGUAGUGCUUUCGUUUUCUGUUAUCAAUUUCUUAAUUGUUGUUGCAGCCUCACUUACACUACUUUGCCCAGCAGCAUUUUGUAUCUCUCUUGUACCCAGCUUGCCACACUACUUCCACAGUACUGUAAAAGGGUUCAUCUCUUGGCACCCAAGAAGUAUGUAACAAGGCUUUUAACAAAUAGUACGUGUAAUUUUGCAGACGACGAUGCACAAUAACGUGGCUGAAAAUAUGAUGACUGAACCACAAGAUGACGACGACGUUUUGUUCCGUCCUGGACCAUUAUCAAGUCAAUUGUGAUGAUGGGCGAGGACGGAACAGAACAUUGUCGUCUCCUCAUCUUCUGGUGUGUGGCUUGGUCAUCAUAAUAGUAAUUUUUCUAUCAUUCAAAUUAGUACAGUAAAUGUAAAUUUAAUCCCCAAUUUUUCUUCAUGCAACUCAUUAGGCCAAAUUACAUUAUGAAAGAAGAUUGGCACAGUACAGUGUUUGAAAAAUGAUUAAUCUUGUUUGUAUUUUGAGUAAUAAUUUGUGUAAAAAAAAAAAAAAGUAAAACAAAUUUCAUGCCAAAGAUUGGAUUAAGUUCAUUCCAUUUUGUUUUAAUUUUGUUACAUCUCUUCUUUUUUCUUUCUUUUCUUUUUGAUGGAGUAAAUAUGAAUGGCUACUGAAUUUUCUCUUAUAACUAAGCAUGCUACAUAUCAUCACAAUUCUGGCUACAUAGGCUUUAUAAACUGUUUUAACAUUUACUUUUACAAUAUAAGCUUUUAAUAAAUAUUCCAUAAUUCUUAUAGUUUGGAAUUGAAGAGGAGUGUCCCGACUGUUAAUGUGGGAAAUUGUCCACCUAAAAAUAAAUAAGUGAAUAAUUAUAUAUAUUAUAAUCACCAAGAACUCUAAAUGACCCAACCAGGAUUCGAACCCAUGACAUCUAGAAUCACCCCUCAAACGUGCACAGUACAGUUGCCACCACACCGUUGAUCAUCUGAAGGAUAGAUGAAAGAUGAUCGCUGGUGCGGUGGUCACGGUACUGUGUACGUUUGGGAGUGAUCUUUGAUGUCAUGGGUUCAAAUCCUGGUCGGGUCAUUUAGAGUUCUUAGUGAUUUAUGGCUUGUGCAUUCCUGCAGCCUUUCUCUCACUGUGUGUGUGUAUAUGUGUGUGUGUAUGUAUGUAUACUACUAAGGUGCUAAUGUCAGCAAAUUUCUGUGAAGCAAAAAAUUAAUUAAAAAUUUAAUUAAAAAUUUUUCUUAUGAACAAAUCAAGCAUACUACAGUAUAGUAUAUUAAAGAACAAAAUAAUAAAUAGGAACGUGGGUCUGAGGUGUUGAUUCAGCGAGCCAGUCAGUAAUAUAACUUCACUUGCAUGACACUUAUUACAUUUUCAUCAUACUUCUCUUCAGUUAUAUUUUGUUCUUAUUUGUCAUAUGUUUUGAUAGUAAGAAUUCUUUGGCUUUCAUAUGAGUGCUGGACAAAUAAAUGUUGAAGUUACACAUCAGCAACAAUUAUAUAUAUAUAUAAUAUAGUGUGUGUGUGUUUAAACAUAUACACCCAUGCAUUAUAUGGGAUACCCAUCAGUGCCCGGGUCUGUGUGUCUCAAUGUGUGUACAUCAUCCCCUCCUUCUCUCCCAGUCUCCCUCUUUCAUUCUAUCCCCUCCCAUUCUUCCUCACUCUUGGAGUGUGCGCGUGCUUGGUUGUGUUACUCGUCUGCAUCAACAUGUUAAUAGUCAUUAAGUUUAUUAUUGAAUCUUUGCUAUUAGACGUAAAAUAACAAGUUAAUUGUGUUUUGUUAGAUUGCUAUGUCAGAUUGGAUACUCUGUCUUAGACUAUAUUUGCUGUUGCAGAAGGGCUUCAAUAUAUAUUAAAGGCAUUCUGUAGCAGUGUGAAAUAACUCAUUCUUUUGAAAUAUUAGCCUCAUUUUACUGUACAUAAUGAUGUCUGAGGACUCGGCCCAUACAGCAUAGACUUAGAAUGGGUUGUUAAGCAGAGUUUAUUAACAAAUACACCCUUCAGUCAUGCUUAACUUACUGCUUAUAUUAGUAACUUGGAGUGAAUCUGAUGCCAAAAUAAGUUGAGCAUGACAAAAUGGGCAUUUUCACUCCAGUUAGUGACGGGGUUAUGAGAACAAAUUUGAAUUAUGCGAACAAUGGUAAAUACUAUACCUUCUUUCGUGCAUUUCCAUUUAUGAGUUGAUGAAUGCACAGUGACAGUAAAAUUAAAUUAGAGCAUGUGAAAGGAACAGAGCAUUCAUUAUUAGAGACUGCAAUAAAAUGCUCCUGGUGUUCUCACUAGCAAGUUUCUCGAGGCUUUGUAUAGCCAAUUACUAUAGAUUUAUGGAAGCAGAACUGGUAUUCUGAGUUUUUCCGUCCCUCAUAAAAUAGUGGGUCUCAACAUGAAAGUGGUGUUGAAUGAAUGCUCUUGGAAUCUUAAAUGGGUAGUCAAGGAAGUUGUGCAUUCAGCAUUGUUCUCAUGUUAAGUCCUUCCCAAAUGUCUGUGGUUAGUUUAUAUCAUGGAUAUUUUUUAAUAGUAAAGGAUAAAGAACUUUACAAGAUGAUUGUGUGUAUUUCUGCCUCCUUUUAAGCUUCAUAUACAAAUAUAUAUAAAUAUAUAUAUAUAUAUAUACACAUAUAUUUUUUUGUGUGUUGAAUAAUUUUGUGGUAUAUUCUAGGAAACAGUUGAGGCAUGCCAGCCAAACUAACACUGGGGGGAAACUGUAGUGUAUUAGCCUUUUAUCAAAUCUGUUUGCUCUACCCUCUCAUAUUUCCAGGCUCUUAAUUGGUGGAGUGUAGUUGACAUUAUAGCUAUACCAGUGAAGGGUCAGUGCUACUAUCAGCCUUGGUGAAGUUUGCCAGUGUGCCUCAUAAGUACUGAGAUACUCCCUAUUUAAAUUGGGAUAGUUACUUGAGUUAUAAUAAAUAUGUUGAAUUGACUUGUACUCAAUUUAUUUAAAGUAAUAUAUUUUGAUUAUUUAAAUACUGAUGAUGUAUGUUGCUUUGUACAAAAAAAAAAAAGUUGAGUGACAUUUAUUAGUAAACAUUCUGCUCCCAAGAAUUCCUUUGACAGUAUAAAAUGCCUGUGACUGUUUCAACAAUGGCUUCAGGUACCAUAGUUGAAAUUAGUAACAAAUUAUGUAACUUGACCUAUAACUAAAAAGCUCAAAUAUUAAAGGACACGUGUUGACUACAGUAGUUUAAAUGUAUAUCAUCAUCUGCUAGGGAAUAUUUCAGGCAGUGAGAUAUUUAUAUAGGAAAACAUUCUGUAAGUUGUUCUUGAGGAUUGUUUCUGUAAAUUCAGUUAAGCUGUAAAAAGUGUGGUUUGGUAGUUUGGGUACAGCUAUUUCAUUAAAUAUCAUGAACAGUAACUUUAAACCAAAAAUUAUUGGUAGUAGUGACAAAAAACACUAGAAACAACUAUUGAAUAUUAUGUUUGGGUAACUCUGGAUAUGGAAAACUAGUUGUAUUAAUUGUUAGUGGGAUUGAUAUGCCAUGUAACAGGUCACAAAGUUUGCCUUUUUUUAGCCUUUUCAGUGCUAACUAAGACCAUCCAUUAAUAUUGCAUAUUUAUUUACUGUAUUAGAUUAUUUAUAAAAAAAAAGCUUUGUGAACUUGUAGUUAUGUAAAUCCACUAUUUCAGAAAAUAACAACAUUGUUUUAGUUAUUCAAUAAUCACACUAAUUGGCUGUGCUACAUAAUUAUCAUACACAAUUGGAUUUAUCCUUCUAUAUAUACACGUGUAGAUGCUCAUGAACAUGAAUGCACACUUAAACAUGUACAUUACAUUCAAUACCAAUAUUCUUAAGUUUCUGAUAUUUUUUACACUUCAAGUGCAAUUUUUGCACUUUUGAGUUGUGCUAUCAGUUUUACCCUGGUGCUGUGUAGCACUUUUGUUUUAUAAAUGUAUUAAUUUCCCCACCAUCGCAGUCCUAACUUGUCUUAUACAUCCACAUGCUCCUUCAAGCAGCUCCACAACACAAUAGUACUUCCUUAAAAGCAAAAAUGCCUGCCUUAAAUUUCAUUUCUAUACUCGUUUAAUUUCUGACCAAAACAAGUCGUAUCUUUGGUUAUUUACACACUACCACUUUGACUGUACUAUACUAUGAUCAUUUAUUAUCAUUUCAACUCGUAUUUUUAUGUGGUAGUAUUACAUUAUUUUCUUACAUAUUUCCCCAAACCACAAAUUCAUGUGAAGUCUCACAUGCACUAUGUUCCUUCAUUCAUGUCACCUGUGCAGCAAAUCAUACAUUAGUUAGGUAUUUUGGAGGCAUAAGCUUCUUCAUUCUAACUGCUCUCUGUAAAAAAAAAAAAACCUGUUUUCCUAAUAUUUUAGUACAGUAUUUUGCAUUUUGUUAAUUUUGUUCUGACACAUUGUGACAUUCAUUCAUAUUUUUCAUGUUCAAAAAGUGUUCAUCUAAGAUUGUCUUUGGCUUGAUCUGUUUGUGGUAAAUGAACUAUCAGUUUGGAAAUAUAUAAAAGUUAUUU